AUGGAGACCGUCGGCCUGAUGGUGCCCGCGGACCAGAUCGCGAAGGUGAUCGGCAAGGGCGGCGCCAGCCUCAAGCAGAUCCGGGAGACCACGGGCUGCAAGCUCCAGGUCGAGCAGCAGUCCGAGGACCCGGCGCAGCCCACGCGCCGGGUGGACAUCUCCGGUGCCCCAGCGCAGGUGGCAGCGGCGGCGCAGCUGGUGGCGGGGAAGGCCUUCGUCGACCCGGACGUGGCCUACAGCAUCUACAUCCCUGCCGAGAAGGCGGGCCAGGUGGUCGGGCGCGGCGGCGACAACCUGCGCAGGGCGCGCGAGAUGUGCCACGCGCGCCUCUCCCUGAACCGCGACCCUGUCACGAACGCGGCCACGGGCCAGCAGGAGCGGCUUCUGACGGUCCAGGGCGAGUCGGCCCAGGUCAGCAUGGCCGUUCGUUGCGCGCUCGGCGCCAGCGCCCCCUUCGGGACGCCGGGGCCAGCCGGCGGACCGCCAGCCGGAGGGCUGCUGGGCGUGAGGGCCCCCAGCGCGGACCCCGAGGAGCUCCACCUGCACUUCGCGGUCCCAGCAGGCCUUGCCGGGGCGAUCAUCGGCAAGGGCGGGGCGCAGGUGAAGCAGACCGCCGCAGACAGCGGGGCCCGCAUCACGAUGUCCUCCCGCGAGGGUGGUGGUGACCGCCGGGCCGUGAUCGUGGGCAACUACGGAGUUUGCGUCGCCGCCCAGCAGGCGCUGCACAAGCAGGUGUCCGAGGCGGCCCAGGCCGCGGGGCAGGCGUACGCGGAGAUCUCCGUGAUCUACAUGGUGCGCCGCGAAGCAGCAGGCGCCGUGAUCGGCAAGCAGGGGUCUGGCCUGAAGCAGAUCCGGGAGACCUCGGGGGCCCGCGUGCAGCUGGCGCAGGAGGAGCUGGAGGGCCAGCGCCCCUGCUCCAUCUCGGGGUCGCUCGAGGGGGUCCUGCAGGCCGAGAAGCUGAUCCACGAGCUGUCGCUGGGCACCCUCGUGAAGCUUGGCGCGGCCGGCGGGACGGUCGCGCCCCCAGACCCAGCGGCGGUGCCCACGGAGGUGGCGGCCGCCUGGCAGCGGUGA